AAAAUGCCGACAUAAUUUAUGGACAUCCCCAUAUUUAAAAAUUAAAACUACAGUAUUUUUAAACUGUUAAUUUAAACAUGAAAGAAUACAAAGUUAAUGUAAGUUAAGUUUAGAAAAUUAUUAAUGAAAUAUUUCACGCAAACACUAAUGGACGAUUAAGUAACACUAUUACAUCCACUACCAUCUAUCGACACCCGGACGAACUUUUAAGCUCCGCCCAUAGAAAAACAAGCCAGCAGGUUUUAGAAUUAUGCUAUCCGAUACAAUAUGGCGUCUCGUACAGAUGUCACUGCACAACAGCAACAGUAUUGGUUGCAAUUGUCACGCCUGUCAAAAUAGGGUAGAGCGUCUCCCAUUGCCAUAAACUACCGCUUUGUCUCGGAUGACGUAAUAGGAAAAAGUGAAGACAAAUGCAGCAAUGAAUAUACAACAGAGAAAAAAUAAUAGAAGUUUUUCUAAACAAGCUCAAAAAAGAAGAAAAACUUAUGAUUCAGAUGAAACAAAUUCAGAUUUAAGUUCUGAAUCUGAAAAUUACAUAAAAGAUAAAUAUUAUGAUUACAAUGAUGAUUAUGACUCUGAUGAAUCAGAAGAACUGCAGAGAACAGAGAAAGAAGAAAAUGAUAUCAGAUGGAAUGAUGUUUCAAAUACUAAAAGAGCCAACAUUCAAUUUGAUAAACAACCAAAAAUAAAUAUACUUAUUUCUUCCAGACUGACUCCAAUAGAUUAUUUCAGACUUUUCCUUACUGAUAAUGUUCUAAAUUAUAUUGUAGAGAAAACAAAUAAACAUGCAGAACAUAUUAUUUCUAAAGUACAAUUUAGUCAAAUGAGUCGUAUGUCAGCGUGGAAACCUACUUGCAAAGAGGAAAUGGAAACAUUUUUUGGUCUUUUACUGUGGAUGGAUCUAGUUAAGUUUCCUGGAAUAGAUAAUUAUUGGAGCCGCAGUGCAAUUUACAAGAAUGAAGUCAUAAAUGCAAUGAAAAGAAACAGAUUUGAACUCUUACUGAAAAUUUGGUACUUUUCAAAUGACGAUGAUGAACCCGAGAAUGAUUUUGGCUAUAAAAUGAGAUAUUUCUUUCAUAUGCUAGUUCAACAAUUCAAAGAAAUCAGAAUACCUGGUUCUAUAAUGAUUGUAGAUACAAUUACAAUACCAUGUAAAGGCUAUUUACAUAUAUCACAAUGCAUUUCAAAGAAACAGAAAAGAUAUGGGAUUAAAAUUUUUAAAUUAUGUAGUUCUGAUGGUUAUACUUAUAAUAUGUUGUUAUAUGACAAUAAGUUAAAAAACAAUUUAAAAAGAAAUAAUGAGCAUAUCGUUUUGAAACUAUGUGAUAAUUAUUUACAGGAAGAAAGAGUAUUAUUUGCAAACAGUUUUUUCACUUCAGUAACUCUAGCACAUGAUUUAUUAAAAAGAAAGACACACUUACUUGGAACCUUGCAAUCAUCAAAUAAAGAUUUACCUCAGAAAGUUAUUCACUCUCAACUUACUCAAGGGCAAAUUGUUGGAAUGAUCGACAAUGAAGGUGUUUUAAUUGCAAAAUGGAAAAACAAGAAAGAAGCAGUGUUUUUAUCAACCUAUCACAAUUUAGAUUUUAUAAAAACUGAAAGAAAAAAUAAAGAAAUCAAGAAGCCAAAGCUUACUGUUGAUUAUAAAGCAGGGAGAGCUGGAAUAAAUAAAAUGGAUCAAAUGUCACAUUAUUCAUCUCCUAUGAGGAAAACUCUCUGUUGGUAUCAUAGAGUAGCAAUGGAAACACUUUUUGGUGUAUGUGUAGUAAAUGCUUUCAUUAUUUAUAAACAAAAUAAUGUUCAUUCAACAAUGACAAUUAGACAAUUUAGAGAACAGUUAGUUAAAUCAUUACUGCACUUCAAUGAUUCUGAAGGAGGAGAUGAAAAUGAAAACAUGAAAUUUUCAUUAAAGACAGAAAUAAAACAUAAACUUGAAGUGACAAAACUAAAAUCUAUACGAAAUAAAAAGAUUAGAAGAUACUGCAUUCAUUGUAUUGAAAAAUCAUUGAAAAAACAUGGUAUCCCUAAUGUUAUACCUUCAAAAAAAGUCACCACAUUCUGUUCAGUUUGUCCAAGUAAACCAUUUGUAUGUGUUAACUGCUUUAGCUAUCACAUGAAAAGAGGACCAAUUCUGUCUAAAGCACAUCUUGCUUCCUAUACAAACAGAUUAAGGCUUGUGUCUGCAAAACAAUGAAAAUACAAAAAUUUGUUUUGUUUAAAAAGCUGAUAACAUGUAUCUUAGAUUAACCAAAUGUUAUUCAUGUCAAUCAUUAAAUUACCUUGCAUAUCUAUUGUAAGAAACUGAAUACAUGUAUGAACAAAUUUUACACUUGAUUAUAUUAAUUAAUAAAGU